ACUUAGGUUGCCUGCUUUUCAGAGAUGUUACUCAUUGGGUGCUACUCCCAGUGGAAAGGAAUCAUUUGCACCUACUUGUUCUGAGUCUCAGCCUGGAUAUCUUCCUUCAGCUUGUGUAGAUAAACCUGAGGAUGAUAAGGUGAUUGAAGGGAAGGGUUGGACAGUUCUUGUACAGAAGGAAUUGCGGAACACUGAUGUUGGUAACCUGGGAAGAAUAGUUCUUCCAAAAAAGGACGCAGAGGCAAAUCUUCCUUCCCUAAUUGCGAAAGAUGGUAUAAUACUACAAAUGGAAGACAUGACCUAUUCAGUUAACUGGAAAUUCAAGUAUAGGUAUUGGCCAAACAACAGAAGUAGGAUGUAUGUUAUGGAAAAUACAGGAGAUUUUGUAAGAAUGCACAGCCUUCGAACUGGUGAUUUCUUUAUUGUCUACAAAGAAGAAAGCUCUGGAAAAUACAUUGCUCGUGGUAAGAAGGGCAUGAAAUCAUUAUAUGCUGGGGAAUUGGUGGAGCCGGGAGACCAUGGGAGGACAGAGGAUAGGAACACAAGGGCCGACAACCAGUUUGUUUUAGCACAUGGAACCUCCUCAGUAUCAGCUGGUGGCUAUGAGGUCAUGAGGGAUGAAACUUUCAUGGCAAACGAGUCAUUUGAUUUUGAGAGAGAUACUGAUGGGCCAUCUGGACCUGCAUUUACUUCAUUACCAGAUCUUGAUCCUUCAUGAAAUUCCCUGAUAAUUUCCCUCUUUGAUUACUUGCAAUGACAAGCAAUUGUUGUUUCCCCCUUUCUGAUUCUCUGUCAAUGUUUGUGUAAUUUGUUUAGGUUUUAUGAUUUGGUGAAAGCAUGGAAUAUGACCUGAGGACAUUAAAUUUUUAAAUGUCACCUUGGUCUAUUUAACUGAUAAAGGUGUUCCUAAUUUUUU